CAACAGCAUCAAAGAACCCACACAGGGGAGAAACUUUUUGAAUGUUCGGAGUGUGGAAAGAGAUUCAGUCGCAAUGACAAUCUUCAGAAGCAUCAAAUAACCCACACAGGGGAGAAGCCUUUUGAAUGCUCAGAGUGUGGAAAAAGAUUCAGUCAAAGUGACAAUCUUAAGAAACAUCAAAGGACCCAUACUGGGGAGAAACCUUUUGAAUGCUUGGAGUGUGGAAAGAGAUUCAGUCGCAGUGGCAAUCUUCAAGAGCAUCAAAGAACUCACACAGGAGAGAAACCUUUUGAAUGUUCAGAGUGUGAAAAGAGAUUCACUCAGAGGAGCGCUCUUCAAGACCAUCAAAGAAUCCACAGUGGGGAGUCACCUUUUGAAUGCUUGGAGUGUGGAAAGAGAUUCAGUCGCAGUGGCAAUCUACAAAUACAUCAACGAACCCACACAGGGGAGAGACCUUUUGAAUGCUUACAGUGUGGAAAGAGAUUCAGUCGCAGUGGCGAUCUUCAAAGGCAUCAAAGAACCCACACAGGGGAGAAACCUUUUGAAUGCUCAGAGUGCAGAAAGAGAUUCAGUCGGAGUGGCACUCUUCAAAUACAUCAAAGAACCCACACAGGGGAGAGACCUUUUGAAUGUUUAGAGUGUGGAAAGAGAUUCAGUCGCAGUGGCACUCUUCAAGAGCAUGAAAGAACCCACACAGGGGAGAAACCUUUUGAAUGCUCAGAGUGUGGAAAGAGAUUCAGUAAGAUUGGCCAUCUUCAAGAGCAUCACAGAACCCACACAGGGGAGAAACCUUUUGAAUGCUCAGAGUGUGUUAAGAGAUUCCGACGCAGUUGCGAUCUUCAAAAACAUCAAAGAACCCACACAGGGGAGAAACCUUUUGAAUGCUCAGAGUGUGGAAAGAGAUUCAGUGAGAGUGGCCAUCUUCAAAGACAUCAAAGAACCCACACAGGGGAGAGACCUUUUGAAUGCUCAGAGUGUGGAAAGAGAUUCAUUCAAAGUAGCAGUCUUCAAGAGCAUCAAAGAACCCACAAAGGGGAGAGACCUUUUGAAUGCUCAGAGUGUGGAAAGAGAUUCAGUAAGAUUGGCCAUCUUCAAGAGCAUCAAAGAACCCACACAGGGGAGAAACCUUUUGAAUGCUCAGACUGUGGAAAGAGAUUCAAUCAUACUAGCAAUCUGGCAAAGCAUGUAAGAACUCACACAAAGAAAAAACCUUUUGAAUUCUUAGUGUAA